GGAGCAUGGACCGGCACACCCUGCAAGCCGUCUUGGAGGAUCAGGAGAGACACCGUGACGGUGUAGAGCGGCGUCGGGAAGAACGGGAUGCUCAGAGGGAUGCUGAGCGUUCAGCCCAUCUGACCGCGAUGACUGACAAGAUGGCGGCCAUGUGUCUGGCCAUUCAGAACCUGGUAGUGGCCCAGGCCCAGGCCCAAGCCCAGGUCCCGGCCGCAGCAGCUGGACCAGCGCAGCCGACGCCCAAAAUCCGGCUGCAAAAGAUGACCUCAGAAGAUGACCCGGAGGCCUUCCUGACCACGUUUGAGCGGGUGGCUACAGUGUCAGGGUGGCCAGCCAGAUGUUGGGCGGCACAACUCGCCCCCUGUCUGACUGGUGAGGCGCAGGCAGCAUACCGGGCCCUGAGCAAUGUGGCAGCGGAGGAUUAUCCCCAGGUGAAGGCAGCUAUCCUCCAACGCCUCAAUAUCACUCCGGAAACGCAUUGCCGGCGUUUCCGGACCUACAAGCGUCCAGAGGGAACCCGGCCCCGCAUUGCGGCCCAGCAACUCUGGGACCAUCUGACCCGCUGGCUGCGUCCCACUGAACGGACCACCCAACAAAUCAUGGAGUCUGUGGGGGUCGACCAGUUCCUGGAGGUGUUGGAACCGGAGACUCGAGCCUGGGUCGCUCGCCACAGUCCCGAGACGAUGGACAAGGCCGUCGAACUGGCGGAGGCUUUCGAGGAUUCACUGCUUCGGGUGGACCCCAGUCCAGCCCCAGCAGUCCCAGUGAAGCAUCGCCCUUUACCAGCGCACCCAAGGACUGCAGCGAGGCCUUCAGUUUUCCCCGUCCCUUUGAGCGCCUCGACUCCAAAGUGGAGACCGAGGUUAGCUCCCAGCUGGGCCAGAGAGAAUCCCUGGACCCCCCCCCCCAGUGGUGGACCAAGGGACAAGCAGCCGUCUCCCACAGCGUUGCCUUCCCCUACCUGCUUCCGGUGCCAUGAGGUGGGACACAUCGCGAGAUUCUGUCCUGCCGCAAUGGAGUGUGACGUGGCCUUGCGAUGUCCGGACGCAGAGGGUGAAGCUUGAAACUUAAGGGACUUUGGUGGAUUGCCGCAGUGGAAGAAACCCAGGACAAGCCAGUAAUCCGUGGAAGGGGGCCAGGAGGCGGUGAGAGGAAACCCACUGCAGGAGCACAGAGAAACCCAGUGCUUCCUUUAUUGUUGUGUGUAACGGGACGUUUUUGUUUAUUCUUUUUAUUUGAAACCUGAGUUUACCAUCGCUGGUAUUCCAGGUGGUUUUCUUGUUUAUUUUCUGGAAUACUGGACUGUUCUAUUUUUGUUUGUUAAAAUAAAAUCCUGCCUGUACCAUUGAUGGUACAGGGCUCCAAGGACUAAACGACA